AUGAGAAACCAAGUUCUCUUCAACCCGGCCGCAAAAUCAUGGGUGGCUCCCGCCACCCAAGGGCGCGACGUGAUCAAAACAUUCCACGAACAACUGCCGGGUGCACAGCCAACGAAGCUGCUAUCCUUGGGUGCACUCGCCAAGGAGCUGGGCUUGAAGUCUAUCUAUCUGAAAGACGAGAGUACUAGAUACGGACUGCCAGCUUUCAAGAUCCUCGGGGCUUCAUGGGGAGCAUACCGUGCCCUUGCGCGCGAGGUUAGUCUCCCCAUGGAUGCUGGCAUUGAGGCUCUCAGGGAAGCCUUGCGCACCCAUCCACCUACCCUUUUCACAGCCACCGAUGGAAAUCAUGGCCGCGCCGUGGCUCGUAUUGCCUCUAUUCUCGGCGUUCCAGUCGAGGUUCAUGUUCCAAUGAGUAUUCAUGCCUCAGCCGUCGAGAAGAUUGAGGCGGAAGGAGCGAAGGUCAUUAUUUCUACCGAAGACUACGACGAAACGGUUAAAAUUGCCCAUCGUGCUGCUCAGGAUGCUGGAGGGAUUCUGGUUCAGGAUUUUGCUUUUGAUGGGUACGACGAAAUCCCGCAGUGGAUUAUUGAAGGCUACCUGACAAUGAUGCGUGAGAUUGAUGAGCAAUUGCCAGAGAAUGUUGAGCCUGACCUUGUGAUCACACCAGUGGGAGUAGGGAGCCUUGCCCAAUCCGUUGUAUCACACUUUAAGACAGCCGCCGCAUCAACGACAAUCUUGGCUGUCGAACCCGAUACCGCAGCUUGCUUCUAUCAUAGCACCCAGCAAGGCAAAAUUGUCCACAUUCACACAUCUCCUACCAUCAUGUCUGGCCUGGAAUGCGGAACCGUGUCUACACUCGCUUGGCCAAUGCUCAAAUCAGGAAUUGACGCCACACUUACUAUCUCAGACUAUGAGGCUCAUACGGCUUCACUGGAAUUACAAGCCUUAGGCGUUGAUGCUGGUCCAUGCGGUUCCGCUUCUCUUGCUGCACUACACCGGUUGACUGCUGCAGACAGAAAGCAACUAGGACUAAAUGGAGAAUCGGUGGUGGUUCUCUUAUGCACAGAAGGCAACAGAGAUUACAAUGUCCCUAAAAGCGUUUUUCCAUCUGAUCCAUUGUCGUUGACGCAAGCUCUAGUCCAGAUCGAUUCUGCUAAUCCUUUGUUGGGAUCAAUCCCGGGACCAGGAGAGACCGAGAUUGCUCGCUACAUCAAGGCCUGGCUGGAGCACCGCGGAAUAGAGACUCACUGGAUUGAGCCAAAAAAGGACAGACCGUCCAUUAUUGGUAUUGUCCGUGGUUCUGGCGGAGGCAAGAGCCUCAUGCUGAAUGGACACAUUGAUACAGUCACCUGCCUCAGCUACAAGGGCGAUCCUUUGAGUGGUGAGAUCAAGGAUGGGAAGCUAUACGGACGUGGAUCAGGAGAUAUGAAAGGGGGCGUUGCUGCUGCUUUGAUGACACUGGCUAACGCAAAGACGCUUGGUCUCCGUGGAGACGUUAUCUUCACGGGUGUUGCUGAUGAAGAGGCGACUAGCAUUGGCACAGAAGAUGUUUUAGCGGCUGGCUGGAGAGCCGAUGCAGCUAUUGUGAAUGAGCCGACUAAUCUAGACAUUGUCUAUGGCCAUAAAGGCUUUGUCUGGCUUGAAGUUGACAUCUAUGGUGUUGCUGCUCAUGGUUCGCGCUACGAUCUCGGUGUGGAUGCUAUCACGAAGGCAGGAUACUUUUUGGUAGCGCUAGAUAAGUAUGCCAAAAAAAUUCAGAAGGACGACGGUACUGGCUUUCGUCCUAGCGUUCACGCCUCCAUCAUUAAGGGCGGUGAGGAGGCAUCGUCGUACCCGGACUGCUGUACAGUGACUGUGGAGCGCCGGACGUUAAAAGGAGAAACUCCCGAUAGCGUCAAACACGAGAUUCAUGAGCUGCUCUCCGGCAUUGCUUCGGAAGACACGGGUUUUAAGUAUGAUGUAAGAGCUACUUUUGAUCGUUCAUCUUAUGAGAUAUCGCUCGAUCAUCCUUUCAUGGCUCUUGUCCAACAGACUGUGGAAUCGGUCGUGGGAAAAAAGCCAGCACUCACUAGAGAGAAUUAUUGGACUGAUUGUGCCCUGAUUGGGGAUGUUGGCAUCCCUGUUCUCCUCUUGGGACCUCACGGUGAAGGUCUUCACAGCAUGGAAGAAUUUGCUAAUAUUGAAUCCCUGGAACAAACAACGCAAGUGUUGACAAGCAUUGCGAAAGAGUUUUGUAAAUAG